AGGCCCAACUCGGCAGAUUAUUACACACUCUCUUUCCAGCAUUGGCGAUACACCAGGCUGCAAACAACAAGCAGACGACGAGCAAACAACGAUGACCACCGAAGAGCCAAUUGACGACAUAUGGGGUGGAGACAGUGACGACGAGCCCUGUGCAAGUGCCGACAUUGCUAAGCUACGUAGAAUACACAACAAGCAAGGCUACCUAGAUGGAAUCUCGAGAGCUAAGGAGUCGACUCUUCAGAGUGGCUUCGACUCAGGAUACCCUGAAGGGGCGCAGUUGGCGAUAGAAGUUGGCAAAAUAUUGGGUGGCCUACAGCUAUUGGCUUCACUUCCGGCUCAAGACCCUCGUAGUGAAGCAGCCAGACAGCUACUCUCAAGGGCAAAGGUUGAGCUGCACAUAUCGAGAGUGUUGAGCUGGAGAUACUUCAACGAGGACCUCACCUUACCACAAGAUGGUCACCGUCUGAUUGUUCAGUGGAAACACAGGGUCGAUCAACUAUACAAUUCAAUAUAA